GGUGCGUGUGCGCACGGGGAGACGACGAGGCGCAUUUCCAAAUCCAAAUCUCCCAUCCCGAGCCGGCGGCCCUCGCUUUCUCCGAAAAGAAGCCGAGGCAGGCAAGGCGCCCCUCGCCUUUUCACAUCUUCACUUCACUUCCUCCUCCAGCUAGCUUCCCUCUCCCGAUCCCUCCCUCCAACCCCACUCCGCCACCUCCUUCAACCUCCCUUCCUCCCUCCAUCCAUCCAUCCCACCCGCUCCUCGCUCACUCCAAAUCCCCGCUGCAACAGCGCACCGCGACAACCCAGGACAAAAACCCUAGCCGAGCAGCCAUGCCCAAGCUCCUCCCGCUCUUCGUGUUUCUGCUCUUCUCCUCGGCCGCGGCCUCCAGCAGCUCCCAGGCACAGGGAGCGGCGCCUUCUCGGCGGGGGCUGGUGCCGGUGGCCCCGGCGGAGGGGGAGCUGGGCGCGAUGGCGCUCGGGCUCAACGACACGCGGCGGCGGCUUGGGGGGAGCUUCCAGCUCUGCGCGCCCUGCACCUGCUGCGGCGGGGACAGGCACACCUGCGUCCUCGCGCCCUGCUGCUACGCCAUCAACUGCAACAUCCCCAACCGCCCCUUCGGGUACUGCUCCUUCAUGCCCAAGUCCUGCGACUGCCUCGGAUGCAACCUCUGACGCGGCUGCUCAGCUGCUGCUGUCGCCCGCGGGAUUCAUUAAAUUGGUCAGAGUAAGAGUUGAGAGAGUGGGGUAGUAAGGAAUAUGUAUAAAUUCCCCACCUGCUUAGUUAAGUGGCAAUUGCUGUUACUUCUAGCUAGUAUUUUGAUGUGAUCAUUAUUACGUGGUGUAGUUGCUACACUAGAUUUGUUUGAGAGAGGAAAAAAAAAGGGAGGGGGUUGGUUUGAUUUGGAGAUCACUGCUAGGGUGUUCAGCAAUCUCUAUCCUCUGCCUGUGGGAUUUUGUUUAUCCAUUUGGACACGACACAUGGAUGUCUGACUAGGAUACUACUUGUUGAUAGUGGCUAGUUAAUAGCUGGAAUAAUGGUUUCUUUAGGUUUC